AAAUUGUCUAAAUCAAUAAAAUGUGUAACUGAUCAGCGGAUAUUUAAAAUUAAUUUUUAAAAAUUCUCAAUAUUUUACCUUUAAUCAUUUAAAUUUUACUUAAAUUGUUACAUUCAUGUUAAUAGCAUUUUAAUUCUGAAAAUCUUACCGGUUUGCACUCAUAUGCCUUAAUACUUUCCAGUUAACGCUCUCACCUUAUAUCGUUUUCUAAUUCAAAAUCACAGUGUAUUAUUGUAUAACAACCAUUUAAUAAUAUUAUAUAUUGUAAUAAGGUGUUAUACAAUAAUACUGAAAUAAAUCGGUGUUGAUCAAUAUGGAGAAUAACGUGAGUAGACUGGAAUGUAAGUUGAAGGAGAUAAUUUUAGAUUCUCGAGAAGGACAUUCUACUAAUUACUCCAAAUCAGUUCGUGAAGAUCACCUACAUGGCUGUGCUUAUGGCAGAAACGCUUUUACAUUAGAUGACCCUGCCACAGGAACCACUAUUUUUAUGCCAUGGAAAUUACACAGACCCCUUGAAUUAUUAUUCUUCAAAUAUUCUAAUAAUUCAACUUUGUCGCACUCAUCAUUCAAAUCAUUUGUUGAUGAGUUUGAGUUAUUUCCGAGGUUUCAAAAUGCCAGGAAAAAGGAAGAUGUUUUAGAUUACAUCCUCCUGAAAUGUAACAAGAACACUGAGUUUCUACAGUUUGAGGAGUUUUUAUUGGCUUUGUUUCUGCUUGCAAAGUACCGUGCCUCAGUUUUACACACCAACGAGCAGUAUUCCUUCAACGAUCUUCUGAAUUCUUUGUUAACCUCAAACUUAGAUUUAAAUCUUGAUAAUCUAAAACAGGACGCCUUUAACCAGACUGAUACUGUGGUGAAUCGGCAGGAUGUGGGAGUGAACAUGAGUAGAACUGGGUCCCAAAACUUGGACGGAGUUAUAUAUCACGAAAAUGGCCUUAUUGUAGACACAAACAUCGGUAAAGUGUUUGAAAGUCCAAGGAAACUUGAGACUAAAGAGUUCAGCAAUACAGUUAGCGAGUUGAAGAAUAACAAGAAUGAAUUUAUCGAAGAAACUUGCCACGUGAACCACAGUGGGACUGUUGACGCGGAUUUGGUUAAACGUUUAUUAGAGGUUUUGAGGGACCAAAACCUUCUUCAAGACACAAGAAAUAUGCAGGAACGUAUAGAACGUGAAAUUAAGCUGAGAGAUGACCUGGAGUCACGAUAUAUUGAUAGACUUAAUAAGGUAGAGUCUGAAAAAGACGAAUUGAAUAAUGAAUAUGUGACAUAUAAGUUAAACUUUGGUAAGCUGAGGGUAGAUUUUGAUAAUCUUGAGCGUGAGUACGGCCAGUACAGGACUGAAAAGGAGUCUGAACUAUCAAAGUUGAACAGUUUAAAUGGUCAAUUGACUAAUGAUUUGGCUGAAGCUAAUAAAAAGCUUGAUAGGCAAAUGUUCCUAAGGGAGAGGAACCAAAAGUUGCAGAAAUUAUUGGCACUAGAGACUGAAUUUGAGGUUAAACUGUUCUCAAUAUUCUGUGUAUAUAAAGAGGAAUUUCCAUCUGAUGGCGAAUUUGUACUAUCCGAGGAGCAACUUGUUUGUUUUUGUCUUGAUUUUGGCCUUGGCGAGUCAACUCCACCUUCUAAUCCAGAUGAUCCUCCAAAGGCUAAACAGGCCUAUAAUAAAGUUUUGGAAUUUUCUCAUGAUGGAAAGUUAACUUAUAUCUUGUUUAAAGAAUUUUUAAUGAAUUUUGGACAGCUACUGAAGCCUAAAUUAUCACCUGAAGAAGCUUUCAGAUUCAUCUUAUUUAAUUUGGUAUUCUCCGGAACAAACAAUUAUUAUGAAGAUGAUGAGUAUCAUCCAGUAUAUAUAACUGACGAUAAUGACCCAUGGGCACCGAAACCUGAUGAUAAUCAGGUUAGGUCAAAUCAACCGAAUGACUCAAAUGAUAUAAAUAUUGAGGGAAGAGUUUGGUUCAAAAACCGUCAAGAACAAUUAAAAUCACAACUUGGUAAUGGUCGCUUGACUCCAAGAUUUGAAUAAUCUUUACUAUCAAA